CCGGUUCCUAUAACUUACGAGCCGUCAUUGGGAAAAUGUAACCAUCCGUAAUCUAGUUACCAUUACCAAUGCAAAACUAGCGUUCCACAACGCCCUACCUGCAACGAGCAUCCGUAGCUAACCCGCCUACGACUCGUUCGCUAAUGUCCCUCUCGUUCCUCUUUACGUUUAGUUACAAGAAAACAUUGUACAUCAGUCAUGCAAAAAAAAUCAUACGUUUUCAUAUUUUAAAUAAGUAUUAGAACAAAUUACCGUACAAUUACAAUAAUAAUUUGAUUUACCUUGACAUUUAAGCUUAAAAUAAGUUUACAUUCUUAGUAUAGCAAGUUUGAUGUUACGUAUGCAAGGGGUAGACAAAACGCGUGACAAUACAAUGCGAACCCCGUAUUGCAUGACGUUGACAUCUGUCUUCCCGUCUUCCGUGUCCGUCCGCGUCUUUAAAAUAAAAUUGUUAUUAAUUUGUUUUAUAGCUCCUUGUUUAUACGCGCACCGUCUAGUUUUAUUUCUAGGGACAUUGACACAAAUUCAAACAGUAACUAAAAUAAAAUGGAUUCUACUCCGUCGAAAAAUAAAGCCAUGAGUAAAGACGAAAUCCAUUGUCUUGUGGAAUUAGUAGAGGCAAACAAAAUCAUCGUAAGUAAAGAGACGAAUGCCUCUACUAAUAGACUUAAAGAUGAAGCAUGGGUUUCAUUAACAGCUGCUUUUAAUGCCAGAAAUGGAACAAUCCCCAGGCAAAAAGAACAAUUGAAGUCCAAGUGGGACAAUUUAAAAAAGGCAGCUCGUAAAAGAGCCCAACAAAUCAGAAUGAACCAUUUAAAGACUGGUGGUGGAAAGCCCGACUACAUACCGCCUGAUGAAACGUUAAGUAAAGUAGAAUCCUUAUUGGGUUCAACAUGUAAUGGCUUUGUUGUGCCUUUUGGUGGGGAUGGUGUGGGUGAUGUAGGUGAUAACAUUGUGGUGCAGGUUUUUAAUGAAAUUGGUGAAAGUCCUAGUGCUGGCAUUAUAACUAAUGAAAAAAUUAACGAUGACUUGGUUUUUACCCCUACUACGAGUGGAGGUCUAAAGCGAAAAGCAGAGGAAAGAAAAUUUUUGUUUGGCAUGCAUAAUAUGUCAAAUUCAUUAAAAACCAAAGAAAAAAAAAGAAAAGAAAACGACGACAGCCGACAGCAAUUAAAUUUGGCUGCAAAAUACUAUUACGAAAAGAAAGCAGAAAAAUUAGAAUUAGAAAUAAAGUUACUUAGAAUCGAAUUAGCUAAUAAGGAGAAUAAUUGUAAUUGUAAUUUAAAUAAAUAGGUUUUUUUAUAAUAGUUACUUAGA